CCUGGCAUCUGCAACAAUUAUGCAUGCGCCUCCCCAAAGCGUCUGGUCUGUCCCCAAAAAACCUGGUCCACUUCUUUCUCUCUUUAUCUCCAUUGAUCUGCCCAUCCAGCCCACCCGACGUUCGUUUUAUGACCUACGAUUCGACUUGUACAACUCAACUCCACUCCACCUUCGUUCAACCCUUACCAUCCGCUGCCCUCCCUUCCUCCCUUCCUCGCUCCUCCCCUUCAUUCACCCUCCCUCCACAUCCCAGCUGAGCCUCAGCCUACGUAUUUGGUGCUACUUCUACUAGUCAAAGCAGCAUGUCCAUAGGAUUGUCCAAGAUAUCUUGACGCUUCCGCGCGGCACGCUUUCCUACAAUAAUACGAGCAGAGCCUGGGUCCCCGAGAAACCCGCAAAUCCACUCCAGCGCUAUCGAGCCGUCGAAACAUCGCGUCCAAUUAAUUGCCUCGACCUCGAUCAACCCUCUGCUCCUGCGACAGAUCCACGCAAUCCAUUAGACAUCAGAGGCUUGAUAGUUGGGCAUCCCAACGAAAAUCUAGCCGUUUGAUCGCCUUGGAAGGCUGGCCGAGACACGAACAAGCGGACCCUGUCCAGAUCAUCGCUUUUAUCUGUUCACUAUACCAGAUCUUCUGUACUCAAAUCCUAGCUCUAUAAACAAAUCUGCAUCUCCUCUGCGGAUUCACAAACGAGUCCUCACCCUCCGCGGGUACUGCCCAUUCUACCCACCCCUCCCGCUCCGAUCUCUACCUAUCUCCAUCAUAAUACUUGACCAUUUCGACCAUGGCACGAUUUCCUUCUUUUCCAACGUGGGCAACGGCGUUCGUUUCCACCCUUGCGGUCCUCAAUACAAUAAUACCAUCAGUUCAAGCAAACGAGCCAGAGACAAUCACCUUCACUGGUACUAAUGGCCAACCGGUAGCUCUCCUUGUGGACAGGACGCCAGCACUAUACACAGGAGAUUUUGGUGAUUGUAUGGGUGGACAAAGCUUGCUAAACCUCACAUCGUUUGACGCAGCUUACUAUGCCGAUAAUAUGACAGUUUUGUUUAACCUGGCUGGAACCAGUAAUUUGAGAAAUGAGUCCUUAAUGUGUAAGCAUUGCCAUUGAAUGGGUGAUUCGUUCAGUUCAAAGCUAAUUCUGUCACAGUACAUAUCGCUGUUGAUGCUUGUGAGUAGAUGGGUAUUUCUGGGGGAAAAAAAGCCAACGCUAACCUCUAAAUAGACGGAGAAGAUCGGUUUGACUUGAUAUUCAACCCUUGCAAUGCAAACUUCAACAGGUAAGCUUCUGCCAAGUCUCGUUCAAAGAGUUCCGCUGAUUUUACCAUUCUAGUCUUUGUCCGCUAAAUGUAGGCGUUCCAAUUAUUGGACAAGCAACCAUUCCCGUAGCACCAGCCGACGUCUCCAAUAUUCCAGCUAUCGCUCUCGUAAUACCUGAUUUCGAAGGCUCCGCGACUCUUAGGAUCUUCUCCAACCGAACGCAAACACAAAUUGGGUGUUUCGAAGCCGUAAUGAGAAAUAGUGCCAGCUUUUCCCAUCCAGAAGCUGUAGGAUCGACUCUAGGAGUUUUUGCGUUUGUAGCAGUACUAGCUUCUUUUGCGACGGCAAUCUACGGAGUUAGCAUACCCCAUAUUCGAACUCAUUACGCUCAUUCGCUCUCCGUCUUGGUUGUAUUUGAGGUUUUCCACUCAAUCUUUUUCUCUGGGGCUCUUUCACUCAAUUGGCCCAGCGUCUGCACGGCGUUCUGGAGCAACUUUGCUUGGUCCGCAGGCAUGAUUUACACGCACCCAAUGAUAAAUUCGAUCAACAAAUUCACGGGUGUCUAUGGGAAUGCAAGUCAGGCUGGCGGAGCUGGAUCUACAACAUUGAAUACAAAUGGAGGUCUUCAGCAACAGAUUUAUGGUCGGUCCUUGGGCGCAAGUAGGCAAUUGUUUGAAAGUGGAGAGCAAAUUGCAAGCCAGAUCUAUAAGAGAGCUGUUGACAGAACCCCGGGCUCAAGGCUAUAUUCCUGGGCUGGGGUUCCUGUUCAACCUGGGCUUCCUCUUCCCGGCAACUGGAGCGGAUUCGCCGGCACCCUUUCCACGGUUGACGUCCCCGCAGCGGAUGCAUUCAUGACUGGAUUCUUGUGGUUGUUAAUUCUCAUCGUCAUCCUGGUUGGUGUCACUGUUGCUUUCAAAUGGGGAUUGGAGGGACUUAGCUCCGUGAAAGUCAUCAAACAAGAUCGACUUAGCUUCUUCAGGAGCCAUUGGCUUGGAUUCACGGGACUUGUGGUUCUCCGGACAAUGUUUAUCGCAUUUUUCAUGAUCAUGACCCUGUCGCUAUUCCAAUUCUCAUACGGGGGAAAGGCUGGCCCUAUAGCCGUCGCCGCCAUCAUCUUCCUCAUAUUUUUUGUGGGCAUGCUGGGCGCUGCCAGUUACGCAUGCUUCUACAGAAUUAAAUUUGGCCACUACGAGACCGCCCCAGAUCGUCUACACUUCCAACGCACAAAGAAGAUGAAGUUUAUUCCGUGGAUCAAGACAGCCCGAGAAAGCGAGAUUGAAGGUGAUUCCGAAAAGGCUCUUUCCGUCGCAUCAGUCAAUUUCUUCCGACUAGAUUACGUGAGCAACGAUACAGAGAAACCGAGUGUCCAUGAUAACGAUGAAUAUACCAAACGCUUCGGAUGGCUAUCUGCUCGAUACCGCCGCACCAAAUGGUGGUUCUUUACCAGCUGGAUUGUUUAUCAAUUUGUUCGAGCCUGCUUUGUCGGAGGCGCUCGCGCAAAUCCCACUGCUCAAGUGAUUGGAUUGUUCAUCUGGGAAGUAAUUGCUUUUUUCAUCAUUCUCAGCAUCAAGCCAUUUGAAGGAGCAAGGAACACAGCGCUUGCAGUUUAUAUGCUUGGAUUCAGCAAGGUUGCUACUGCUGGACUAUCAAUCGCCUUUCUACCCCGGUUCAACGUUGCUCGCAUUCCUACCACCAUCAUUGGCAUUAUCAUCAUUGUCAUUCAAGGUCUCUUGGUCGUCGGUCUUCUCAUCCUGAUCGUUCUUGGCGCGAUCUCCAGUUACAUGUCGCUUACUCGGAACCGCGAGGAGUUCAGACCAAAAAACCUAGAAAACAUCCGAAUGAAAUACUUUGCUCACUUGGAACAAAAGGCUACUGAUGUCCCACCGCCUCCAACUCCAGAACCAGAAGGGCCAGUGGAGCCAUACUUUGCUGUCAAGACUGUCCGCCGGGCACCAAAGAUCGAGGACGAAGACGUUGAUUUUGUUCCGGAUCUAGACCCACAACUUCAGCCAUCCGCAUCACAAUUCUCUCUCAAUAAUCGCACCAGAGAGAGUAGGUCCAACAGCAUGGCGAACAGUAUGCGAAGCCAUCACUCGGGCUAUGGCAAUGUUCCAUACGGAGCGCGGGUCCAUAGAGCUAGUUGGAGUUCCCGUGAGUUCCAAGCUUACCACCAGGAUGAGGCGAGUCGCACGGAUUCUUUGUACGGUACGCCAGCACGAAACACUCAGAGUGGACACGUAGCCAACAAUUCAGUCGCCACAUCUACGAUUCCGCUUGUCAAGCCUAGCAUGUCGCAUGGUAGUCUACGUAGGUCGUCUCCGUCGAUUGCAGAAGAAUCUGGAGUUGUCGAGAGGCCACACCGACGGUCAUCUCCAUCGAUAGCAGAAGAAUCCGAAGUUGUCGAGAAGCCAAAUCGAUACUCGUCCCCAUCGAUAGCAGAAGAACCCGAAGCUGUGUAG